AUGGAGCGGCUCUGGCUACUACCCCUGCUGCUGGUGGCCGCCUGUGUCUGCGCUGCGCAGGGCUUGCCAGGGGUGGACCUCCGGGAGGCCAGCCUCGACUUGCCCCCGCCUCUGCACAUCAGGGAGGAACAAAACCUGCUGGUGCUGACGUCUGCCGGGCUGACCCAGAUGCUGAACCAGACCCGCUUUCUUAUGGUGCUUUUCCACAACGCAUCCUCAAAGACAUCCAGGAACUUGGCUGAGGAGCUGGGCAAAGCCAUGGAGAUUAUGGGCAAAGGCAAGAAUGGGCUGGGCUUCGGCAAGGUGGACAUCACUGUCGAGAAGGAGCUUCGGGAGGAGUUUUAUAUAGAGAAGGCCCCGGAGCUGAAGCUGUUUUUUGAAGGCAACAGAUCUGAUCCCAUCAGCUGCAAAGAUGUGGUUGAAUCUACUGCCUUGGUGGUUUGGUUAAGAAGACAAAUCAGCAAGAAAGCGUUUUUGUUCAACAACCCCCAGGAGAUAGUAGAGUUUAUCAAUUCCAGGCCUUUAGUCAUCAUUGGCUUCUUCCAGGAUUUAGAGGAAGAAGUAGCAGAACUGUUUUAUGAGGUGAUAAAAAAUUUCCCAGAGCUAACUUUUGGAGCAAUGAAGAUUGCAAAUACACUUGGGCGUUUCCAUGUCACCCUCGAUAGUGUCCUGGUCUUCGAAAAGGGAAAAAUAGUGAAGCGCCAGGAACUCAUUAAUGACAGUACCAAUGAGCAUAUCUUAAAUCAAGUCAUUAAACAGCAACUCACGGGCUUUGUCAUUGAAUACAACUCUGAGAAUAAGGAACUGAUUUAUGAGCUGAACAUCCUAAAUCACAUGCUGCUGUUCGUUUCCAAAAGCUCAGAGGCAUUUGCUUCCAUAAUUCAGCAUUAUAAGUUGGUAUCACAGGAAUUCCAAAAUAAGAUCCUUUUCAUCCUUGUAAACACUGAUGAACCGAGAAAUGGUCGUAUCUUUGAGUACUUCCGGGUCACUGAGGUCAACGUCCCAUCUGUCCAAAUCCUAAACUUAACCUCUGACAUAAGGUACAAAAUGCCAGCGGAAGAAAUAACAUAUGAAAACCUCAAGAAAUUCAGCAUCAGCUUCUUGAAUAGAAAUGCCAAGAAACAUCAAUCCAGUGAGGAGAUUCCCAAGCAUUGGGACCGAGGACCAGUUAAGCAGCUUGUGGGGGAAAACUUCAACAGAGUUGUCUUUGACAAGGAAAGGGCUGUGUUUGUGAUGUUCUACGCCCCCUGGUCUGAAAAAUGCAGGGCACUCUUCCCCCUGUGGGAUGAGCUGGGCAGAAAGUACCAGAAUCACUCCGUGGUCACCAUUGCUAAGAUCGACAUCACAGCCAAUGAUAUUCAGCUGAUGUACCUGGACCGGUACCCGUUCUUCAGGCUCUUCCCCAUGGACUCUGAACAAACUGUGGUAUAUAAGGGAGAAUAUACUAUGCAGAGCUUUUCUGACUUCCUGGAAAACCAAAUCGAGACCAAGACUGAGGAAGAGGCCAAGAUAGUGUCUGUUGAGAAAAGUGAAUUGAUAGAAGAAAAAGUGGUACCUGGGAAGGAGGAGGAGUCUUUCAAGGAGAAAGAGUUACCUAAGCAGGAGGAACCAGAGGAGGAGGAGAAAGAGGUAGAAGUGGAGAUUCCUAAGCCAAUGGGACCCCCACGGCAAGAGAAGAAACAAACCAUCAAGGAAGAGCUUUAG